AUGCUUGUUCGUCGGUUCUUGGGCUUCUUGGUCUUGAGCACUGGCCUGGCCACGGCCGUCAAUCUCACUGGAUACGAGUAUGUGGUUGUUGGAUCUGGAGCGGGUGGUGGCCCGUUAGCUGCUCGUCUUGCCCUCGCAGGACACAAGACUCUGCUAAUCGAGGCCGGUGAUGAUCAGGGAUUGAACUACAACUAUACAAUCCCUGCCUACUCCGCGAAGGCCUCUGAGGAUGAGAAGCUGUCCUGGAACUUCUUUGUUCGCCAUUAUGCAGAUGACGAGAGGCAAGCCCGUGAUUAUAAAACCAGCUACGAAACGCCUGAUGGUGGAUUAUAUACCGGUCUGAACCCACCGGAGGGUUCAACUAUGAAGGGAACCCUCUACCCUCGCACGGGAACCCUUGGAGGUUGCACUGCGCACAAUGCCUUGAUUGCCAUCUAUCCUCAUCAAUCCGACUUUGAAUAUAUUGCUACCCUUACCGGUGAUGGUUCCUGGUCUCCGGAUAACAUGCGUCAGUACUUUGCCAAGAUGGAGAACAACAACUACCUCCCAGCAGGACGGCAAGGCCAUGGCUAUGAGGGCUGGCUCCAUACCGAGACCGCCCCUCUUAGCCUUGUGUUGGAGGAUCCCCAGCUUUUCAGCAUGCUCCUUGGCGGCGCCUUCGCUCUGGGUAACCAGACGAACUCGGUCUUUAACAUUGGCACCCUUCUUGCCGGUGAUGCAAAUGCUGACAAGAAAGCUCGCGAUACGAAACCGGGCUAUUAUCAGAUUCCAAUUUCCACCGACGAUGCCCACCGGAACGGGCCCCGCGAGUUCAUCAUCGCCGUCCGGGACGCGAAGAAUGAGGACGGCAGUAAGAAGUAUCCCUUGGACGUGCGCACCAACUGCUUCGUUACCAAGGUUACUUUCGACGAUACCGUGAACCCGCCACGCGCUACUGGUGUUGAAUUCCUGGACGGUCAGCAUCUCUACCGUGCUAGCCCUCUUGCAACCGACAAUCCCAAGGGAACCCCAGGCACUGCUCAAGCCUCACGCGAGGUUAUUGUUGCCGGUGGUGUGUACAACUCCCCUCAGCUCCUAAAAUUGAGUGGUGUUGGGCCAGCCGAGGAACUCAAAAAGUUCGGAAUCAAGGUGAUUUCUGACCUGCCCGGCGUGGGAACCAACCUGCAAGACCACUACGAAAUUUCUGUGCAAGGCCAUGUCCCCAAGGACUGGGCUGUUCUGGAUGGCUGCACUUUCAGCGAGCACGGUGAAGCCGACCCCUGUAUCAGCCGGUGGGAGACGCCCACCCCUCUCCUGAAGGACCGGGGCAUCUACUCCUCCCCCGGGCUGGCAGCGACAAUGUUCUACAAGAGCAGUGUAACGGCCGACGACUCCUAUGAUGUGUUUGUCUUCGGUGGCCCGGUCAAUUUCCGAGGAUAUUUCCCCGACUACAGCAUCAACGCGACAAGCGAGCAUGACUGGUUCACCUGGGCUAUUUUGAAGGGUCACCCUCGCAACACGGCGGGGAGUGUCACUCUCCGCUCCGCCGAUCCUCUUGAUAUGCCUGAUAUCCUGUUCAACUACUUUGACACGGGUGUGGGUGAUUAUGAUGCUGAUUUGCAAGCCCUCUAUGAGGCAGUUGAGCUUAGUCGGGAUGCGUUUGACCGUCAGGUCGUUGAUGUCACCGAGGUGCUCCCUGGUGCUGAGGUCAAGUCAAAGGAGGAUAUUCAGCAGUAUGCUAAGGACACUGCCUGGGGACACCAUGCCUCUUGCACGUGCCCCAUUGGCGCGGACGACGACCCGAUGGCUGUCCUAGACUCCAAGUUCCGGGUGCGUGGUGUCAGCGGACUCCGGGUUGUCGAUGCUUCGGUUUACCCAAAGAUUCCCGGUACCUUUACGGCUGUUUCGACUUACAUCGUCGCUGAGAAGGCGGCUGACGAGAUCUUAUCAGAGUUGAACUAA